CGCAGGGACGCGUCGAAAUAACGCGUCGCCCUUGCUUGCAUGCUCCUUAGGACCGUGGGUCCUCACCAACCAUAGGCCCACCAAACCAACAAAUAAACAGGAACCCCUCCAAAAAUGGACGACACAACCCUCAAAUCACUCACCAUCCUCGCCCGUCGCACCGCCAGCGAUGGGAAGAAAAGUGAUAAUGAGGUGGUGGUGCUGGAGCCGAGGUUCGAGAAGGGUGUGAGGAGUUAUGCGGUGGGGGUUGGGAGUGAUGUUGAAGCGCUACAAAUCAAAGCAUCCACCACCGAAGCGGACGCCUUCGUCCAGGUGCUUAAAUCCGACGGGGAGGGAGUGGUGGGAUUAAAAGAAGGCCAGCAGGAACUCACAAUCGCCGUCGACGCCGCAGACGGGUCCACAAAAGGCAGCUAUGUGCUCAACGUGUUCCGGCCCUCUUCAUCCGACGCGACGUUGAGGUCUCUGGAAGUCAGCGCCGGGGAGCUUAGGCCGGGGUUUCAUCGGGCCGAGACGGGGUAUGUGGUUCAGAUAGACGUCCCCACGCCCACCGUCACCCUCACCCCCACCCCCUCCGACCCUCGCGCCCAUGUCAGCCUGCGUGUAUACGACAACCCAGGCGAGAUCGCGACGACGGCACCCGUGGAGUUGUUGAUGGGGGAUACGGAGGUGUGCGUGGAGGUUGUGAGUCGGGAUGGAACGGAGAGAGUUGGGUAUGGGGUUGUUUUUAGGAAGGAGAAGAUUCCUGUUCGCCCACGGGUGUCGACAGGGGGGAUUGAGGAAGCGGCGCCGACGUGUUCGUUGUGCUAUACGAUGGCGUUUCGGCCAAGGGUGCUUGUGCCUGCUUUGGCGUCCGCCGCCGACGCAGACACGAAUGGAGCCGAAACGGUGUGUCCGCAUGUAUUCUGCCUAACAUGUCUCGAGAUGUGUGGGGUGCCGUGCACCGGGCCUUCCCUAGCGGUGCCAACGACAACCUCAACACCCCAUAUGGCCAACUGCCCGCUCUGCCCUCCCACAACCAGCUCUACGCCACACAAAUGGAUCCACGCAACCGCCCUCGAACGCACCACCGGGUCCAUCACCGUCGAAUGCCCCUUCACAUGCGGCACCACCGCCCCGCUUCGUGAUCUCUCCGCCCAUGUAGCCGGAUGCCGUGCGCGGCCUGCGAUGUGUGCGGAGUGCGGGGGUGUAUGCAAGCCCGGGGAGACCGUUGCGGACGCUGAAACCCGCGGUUUGAAACAUAAAGAGCCAUGCACCGAAGCGUGCGGAUGCGGAUCCCGUAUACGCAAAACCGAGACGGACUUGCAUUCCCACAUGUGUCCCCUAACCGCCCCCGCAUCACACCCACCACCGACCCCGCCCAAACCCACCAAAUGGGAAUCCCACCUCGCAAACCUCCCCCUCCCCUCCACUACCACCCCCACCACCCUCCUCCAAACAUACACACAAUCCCUCCACGCCGCCCUCCAACUCGCCACAGACACACACGGCCUCUCCUCCCCCCGCCCCUCCCCCGUCCCGCUCACCCACCUCUCCCAACUCCACGCGUCCCAGAUCGCAUUCCGCCCCCUCGACCCCGACCUGCACAUUUCCCUCGCCAAAGUUUUAGCUGAGGGGGUGCUUGUUGAUGAGGUUUUCCCUGUUGCCCGUGGGGAUGACGAUGAGGAGGAGGAGGUGGAGGCGGGAAAUGAGGCGGUGGAAUCGUUUAUGAGGGAUGAGGUGGAGGGAUUGCUGGAGAGUUUGGGGGUUGGGAGGGGGGGGAGCGAGGCGGGGAAGUUGAGGGCGAUCGAGGGGGAGUAUAGGAGGUUGAAAGAGGUGGGGGAGGGGGAUAAGGCAGCGGAAGUGCAAAACCUCUACACAUGGUUCGUCGCCAAAGUCGUCAAAUCCUCCGGCGUCGGUGGAGCCAAAGGCGCCGACAAAAGCGCCGCGGCUGGUGGAGUGGGGAAGGGCGAGGCGGCGGUGAUGCAGGUCAUGCAGAAGUAUCGUGAUGCCAUUGCGGUGGGGGGUGGGGCGGAGGCGCUCAUGCAUCUAGGACGGGUAUUGCUGACCCGCGGCGAAAACGAGACGGCUGUGAAGCACCUGCGCGCGGCGGUCGGGUUGAGACCGUUGCAUGCGCAGGCUCGGAUUUUGCUGGGCAUGGCACUGGCAACCACCGCAACAGCCCUCACCCCCGCCGCAACCCUCACCGAAGCUCUGCACUACCUAACCGAGCACCUCACAUCCCACACCCUCUCCCUUUUCUCCCAUUCCGCGCCGCCACCAACCCUCGUCGACUCGUACGCAACGCACCAUAUCGCAACCAUCCACCUCCUCACUGCAAAACUACACCGCUUGACACAUAACCCCGCCGCCGCCACUGAUGUCCUAUUGGAUCUCCUGUAUCUCCUUCCGGAUACGGUGCGGGCGACACCGAGGAGGAGCGUGAGGGCCCGGACGCUGGUGGAGUCGUGGUGUGUGGGUGCGGGGGCGCUGGUGCGAGUCCUACCUCCCACCACAACAGGAAAACCGGAACUCCUCAACACCAUGCUCCGCGCCACCCUCCUCCCCGCCUCACAGACCUUACUCAAACAGUUCAGCGCGGAGCACACCCCCAAAAGCCUCACAACCCUCCCCCUUUCCUCGGCCUUCACCUCCCCCCGCAACGACACCCCACACUACACCCCACAGGAACACAUCGCACACUCCCUCCUCCUGCACACCCCCACGGACGCUGGAUACCUCUGCGCGCUCGGGAUGGCGCAACUCGCCGCGCAUGAUGCCAUGCAGCAGGCUGCGACCGCACGGGGGGUGUUGCCGUUGCUUGGUGGGUUUGAUAAGGGGGUGUGGGGGAGGUUGGAUGAUGCUGAGGGGAGUUUAAGGGCGGCGAUUGGGGUUUAUGGUGGGGAUGGGGAGUGUCCGGCGGGUGUGAAGGGGCAGGAGUGGUGGAAGGUGUGGUGGGAGGAGGAGAGGAUUUUGAGUUCAGCGGCGGCUUCUAGCACGAAGGCGGCGCCGGCGGGGAAGAAGGGGGUCGCUAAACCUGCUGUGGCGGCCAAAACAGGUGCUGCGAAGCCGGUGGUUGGAAAAGGCCUCGCCGAAGUGAAACCGAAACCCGCUGCGGCAUCGCCGACAUCCAAAGCCGUUGCCAAACCGUCGACAUCAACCGCGCCACUGGGCAAGCCGUCCGCCCCGGCUCCCAAGGCCAAACCCGCGGACACGAAACCGCUCGGCAAGACCACCGCGACAUCAACCUCCACGACGACAUCCACCGCCACCGCCCCGGCAUCAAAGGCAAAAGCGGAACCCACCCUUCCCGCGAAAGAUAAGGCACUGCCCAAAGCGGGAGGGACGGCGGGCCCUAAGCCCGCGGGUGUGAAGAAAACCACGGCGUCGUGA